AUGAGCCCCUGGCUGGCCCCCGUCCUGGCGCUCCUGGUUCUGGGCCACUGCUUGGCUGCCCCCAGACCGCACCAGCCCACCGUUGUGGUCUUCCCAAGAGACCUGCGGACCGGCCUCCCUGAUAGGCAGCUGGCAGAGGAAUAUCUGUUCCGCUAUGGCUACACCAAAGUUGCCGAUUUGAGCGACAGCAAGCAGUCCCUGAGGAACGCGCUGCAGCAUCUCCAGAGGCGCCUGGCUCUGCCGCAGACCGGUGAGCUGGACAACACCACCCUGGAGGCUAUACGAGCCCCACGCUGUGGCGUCCCAGACGUGGGCAGAUUCCAGACCUUUGAGGGUGACCUCAAGUGGCACCACCAAAACAUCACGUACUGGAUCCAAAGCUACACGGAAGACUUGCCGCGCGAGGUGAUCGAGGACGCCUUUGCCCGCGCCUUCGCGGUUUGGAGCGCGGUCACGCCGCUCACCUUCACUCGCGUGUACGACCAGAGUGCCGACAUCGUCAUCCAGUUCGGUGUUCGGGAGCAUGGAGACGGGUAUCCCUUCGACGGGAAGGACGGGCUCCUGGCACACGCCUUUCCUCCUGGCCCGGGCAUUCAGGGAGACGCCCACUUCGACGAUGAAGAGUUGUGGUCCCUGGGCAAGGGCGUCGUGGUUCCGACGCGCUUUGGGAACGCAGACGGUGCUCCUUGCCACUUUCCCUUCACCUUCGAAGGCCGCUCCUACUCCGCCUGCACCACCGACGGCCGCUCUGACAACAUGCUCUGGUGCAGCACCACGGCAGAUUUUGACACCGACCGCCUGUUCGGUUUCUGCCCCAGCGAGAGACUCUAUACCCAGCAUGGCAAUUCGGAUGGCCAGCCCUGCGUGUUUCCGUUCACCUUCGAGGGCCGCUCCUACUCCGCCUGCACCACCGACGGUCGCUCCGACGGCUUCCGCUGGUGCGCCACCACAGCCAACUACGACCAGGACAAGCUUUAUGGCUUCUGCCCUACCCGAGUCGACUCGACCGUGACCGGGGGCAACUCAGCAGGGGAGCUGUGCGUCUUCCCCUUCAUCUUCCUGGGCAAGGAGUACUCGUCCUGCACCAGUGAGGGCCGCAGCGAUAACCGCCGCUGGUGUGCCACCACCUCAAACUUUGACACAGACAGGAAGUGGGGCUUCUGUCCGGACCAAGGAUACAGCUUGUUCCUUGUGGCUGCCCACGAGUUUGGCCACGCCCUGGGCUUAGAUCACUCGUCUGUGCCAGAGGCGCUCAUGUACCCCAUGUACAGCUACACUGAGAAGUCCCCCUUGCAUGAAGACGACGUGAAGGGCAUCCAGCAUCUGUAUGGUGCUUCCCCUAAACCUGAACCACGGCCUCCAACCACCACUCCUGAAACCAAGCCCACUGCUCCCCCGACGGUCUGCCCCACCGCUCCUCCCACUGCACGCCCCUCAGAGAUCCCCACUACCGGCCCCACAGGCCCCCCGUCAGCUGGCCCCACAGGUGCCCCCACUGCGGGCCCCACGGGUCCCCCCACUGCUGGUCCUUCUGCGGCUCCUACAGCGUCUUUGGAUCCAGCGGACAACGUCUGCAACGUGGACAUCUUCGAUGCCAUCGCACAGAUUGGGGACUACCUGCAUUUAUUCAAGGAUGGGAGGUACUGGCGAUUCUCUAAGGCCCAGGGACGCCGACAGGUGCAGGGCCCCUUCCUUAUCAGGGACAAGUGGCCUGCACUGCCGUCCAAGCUGGAUUCCGCCUUUGAGGAGCCGGUCACCAAGAAGAUUUUCUUUUUCUCUGGGCGCCAAGUGUGGGUCUACACAGGCGCGUCGGUGCUAGGCCCGAGGCGUCUGGACAAGCUGGGUUUGGGCCAGGAGGUGGCCCAAGUCACUGGGGCCCUCCCGCGCCGCGGGGGUAAGGUGCUGCUGUUCAGCAGACAGAAGUUCUGGAGGUUCGACCCGAAGACGCAGACCGUGGAUCCCAAGAGCGCCACCCAUGUGGAGGAGAUGUUCCCUGCGGUGCCCUUAAACACGCAUGACAUCUUCCUGUACCAAGAGAAAGCUUACUUCUGCCAGGACCGCUUCUACUGGCGUGUGAAUUUCCAGGAUGACGUGAACCAGGUGGACGAAGUGGGCUAUGUGACGUUUGAUGUCCUGCAGUGCCCCGAGACCUAA